AUGGAAGAUUCCCACAAGAGUAACACCUCAGAGACAGCACCUCAGUCCAGUUCAGCAGUUCAGGGAGCUCACAUCUCUCAUAUUACUCAACAGGCAUCAUCCUUAUCUGAAAGCGAGGAGUCUCAGGACUCAUCUGACAGCAUAGGCUCCUCACAGAAAGCCCACGGGAUCCUCGCACGACGCCCAUCUUACAGAAAAAUUUUGAAAGACUUAUCUUCUGAAGAUCCACGGAGCAGAAAAGGGGACGGAGAAAACCCUGGAGUUUCUACUGUCACUUCUAUGUCUGUUCCAACUCCCAUCUAUCAGACUAGCACUGGACAGUAUAUUGCCAUUGCCCCAAAUGGAGCCUUACAGCUGGCCAGUUCAGGCACAGAUGGAGUACAGGGGCUUCAGACAUUAACCAUGUCAAAUUCAGGCAGUACUCAGCAAGGUACAACAAUUCUUCAGUAUGCGCAGACCUCUGAUGGACAGCAAAUACUUGUGCCCAGCAACCAGGUCGUUGUACAGACUGCGUCAGGAGAUAUGCAGACUUACCAGAUCCGUACCACACCAUCAGCUACUUCACUGCCACAGACUGUGGUCAUGGCAUCUCCUAUGAGUCUUACAUCUCAGACAACGAAGACAGAUGAUCCCCAAUUGAAAAGAGAAAUAAGGUUGAUGAAGAACAGAGAAGCUGCUCGAGAAUGUCGCAGAAAGAAGAAAGAAUAUGUGAAAUGCCUGGAAAAUCGAGUUGCCGUUCUGGAAAAUCAAAAUAAAACUCUAAUAGAAGAGUUAAAAACUUUGAAGGAUCUUUAUGCCCGUAAAAAUGUUUGA